AUGGGCAACGUCAUCAGCGACAGCACUCUUCCGGCCUCCCAGCUGCACGGCAAGGAGCGCUUUGCCUAUGAGCAGGUCCGCAUGAUGGAGAAGAUGGCCAGCCUCCAGCUGGACAAGCAUGAGAACUCGGUCCGGUCCAUGAGCCAACUCGAUGCUGGCAACAACAAAAUCCGCUUUGAGCGGUCCAUCCGCAUCGACGCUUCUGCCGAAUCCCACUGCGUCGACAAAGUUGUCGAGGAGUUCUUCACAGACUCUCAGACUGCCCCCUCGAUCCUCGACAGCUACAAAGCCGUGGUCAAAGGUGGCCUCCGCCAGGUCCUCGAAGAUGAGACGCAGGGCGAGGUUACAGACGAGAAGUUCUUCCUCUGCGCCAAACACAACUCGCUGGUCCGCAUCGAUCUCUUUGCCUACCGCUUCAACUUCCCCACUGAGUCGCUUGCCUUUUGCCAUCGCAAUGUCGUCGCCUACCUCCUUUGCGAGCGGGUCAUUGAUGCCCAGCACGCCACAACCAGCGAGAUUAUGUCUCAGAUUACCGAGUGCUCCAAGGACGCCGCCGAUGGCUCGCUGCGCGACACCUACAUGGACGCCAUGGUCGCCGCAUGGAAGAGGCAGCGCACUUCGGGUCUCGCGCCCGCUCUGGGCAGCGCCAAGCAGAACCCCAUGGUCGCCAGCAUUCGGUCAAUGAUGAACUGA